CUCUUUCUUUGCUGUUUCAUACCCAUAAUUUCUCUGUGUCAGUCGAGGAUGAAUCAGAUCUCCUCACAUCACCUGAUAAAGCUUUCACUUGUGGCUUCCAUAGGCUGGGGGAAAUGCUUAUUGGUUCUCAGUCUGGUUCCCCGACUCCACUGACAGGACCGUUGUUGGGGUUGACAACAGAGACAGGCCUGUAAAUGGCAAGGGUCCGAGAGGUUCUCUUCUCAGAUGGUGCCAUGGUGUUGACAGAUGUUGAUGGUUCCUUAAUAUGGGCGAGGCUUUUGGAUACUGGGAACUUGUUCUCAAAGACCCAAAUGGUAAAAUUUCAGAGAGUACCUGUGGCGAAAUCAAAGCUCUUUGGCAUAGAAUUUUACCAUUUGGGUCUUUGAGAACAAGGUUCCCAGUAUCCAAAAGCUCUGCUUUACUUGCAUCGUUGGAAGUGGUGUUGGUAGAAAGUUGCAUUCCAAGAGUUCUCUUUUUCAUGCCUUUAACAUUAAUUAAUUGAAAAAAAAAUUCAUGGAUGAAUUUCGUAGAAAGUUUCUCUUGUGAUGAUGGAUGUUGUUAUUUGUUAAUGACUAACCAUAUCUAGUGGUAGAUAUCUUGCCAAUGCCUUCUUUUAUUUCGUUUUUGAAUUUUGAUCAUAAUAUUUGAUUUAUUUGUGACAAAAUUAAAUAAAAUAAAUGAAUCAAAAUAUGUGUAACAGUUGCAACAUCACCGGAUCAUUAGAUAUGGUGAGUUGGAGGGGUUACCAGGCCACCCUCAACCACCUCCCAAAAAUCUGCCCAAAAAAAUAGAAGCUACGAAAGAAUGACCAAAUCAAAACAGGUUUGUUUUUAUAUAUAUCAAUCUUACAGGGUCUGGAGAAGAGGGGAAAGAGAAUGCAAAACAUUGAGACAGAGACAACAAUGGUGGAUAUGGUUCAUUCUUCUUCUUCUUCUUCGACUCUUCCUGCCACUAUCCCUCUGAAAAAGAAAAUUGGAGGAUGGAGAGCCAUCAAAUACAUCCUUGGGAACGAAUCCUUCGAAAAGUUGGCCUCGAUGAGUUUGAUAGCCAAUAUGACAGUGUAUCUGAAAACCAAAUACAACAUGGAUGGUGUACGACUGGUUAAUGUAUAUAGUCUAUGGGUCGGUUCCUCUAACUUGACAUCGUUAGCUGGUGCUAUCAUAUCAGAUGGUUAUUUGGGAAGAUUUCACACUCUUCUUUUUGGGUCUAUUGCAUCUUUUCUGGGAAUGGGAACCAUGACCUUAACUGCAGCUAUACCUCAACUGAGGCCAUCGGCCUGCGUCGAUAAAUUCCAAUGUCCACACCCUGUACAUUGGCAACUAGGCGUCCUCUACGUGGCUCUUACAUUGCUAGCAAUUGGAGCAGGAGGUAUAAGGCCUUGCAACAUUGCCUUUGGAGCUGACCAGUUUGACACCAGAACAGAGAAGGGAAUAGCUCAAAUGGCCAGCUUUUUCAAUUGGUGGUACUUCUCAUUCACAGUGGCUCUCGUCAUCGCUCUAUCUGUAGUAGUCUACGUUCAAACAAGCGUCAGCUGGGUCGUAGGUUACGCCAUUCCAACAUUCUGCUUUGUUAUUUCCAUCACUCUUUUCUUGAUCGGUCGCCAUACUUAUAUAAUGAUCAAACCCCAAGGGAGUGAUUUUGUUGAUUUAGCUAAAGCGAUCGUAGCUGCCUUCAGGAAGCGAAAUUUGACACUUGAUUCUGCUUCUGGGUAUUCGUUGUAUGAUCCUCCUGUGCCAGAAUCAGAUCAACAUUUACAAAAACUAGCUCACACCCACAAGUUCCGGUGCCUCGAAAAGGCAGCUGUGAUUACAGACCCGAGCGAAUUGGACGACCAUGGCAAGCCAAAGAAUAAUUGGAGGCUAUGUAGUGUGCAACAAGUGGAAAAACUGAAGCUGGUGAUAGGAUUGUUGCCAGUUUGGUUAGCAGGAAUUGGGUUUUUGAUAGGCAUGGAUCAGAUGGGCACAUUCGGGGUUCUCCAAGCGAUUCAGAUGAACAAAUCCAUCGGUUCCCAUUUCAAGGUUCCUCCAGGUUGGAUGGGUUUAUCAUCAAUGAUCACACUUGCAAUCUGGAUCUUCAUAUACGAGAGGCUUUUCAUCCCUUACACGAAGAAAUUCUCCAAAAAGGAUAGAAGAUUCACAAUGAGACAGAGGAUUAACACCGGCAUUGUAAUGGGGAUUCUUUGCAUGAUCGUAGGUGCAAUCGUUGAGAAGAAGCGUCGAGAAACAGCAUUGGCAAACAAAUCCUUCGAGUCACCGCUAAGUGUUGCGUAUCUCCUGCCUCAGUACGCCUUAUCGGGCUUGAUCGAAGCCUUUGCUGCAGUUGCAUUGCUUGAAUUCUUCACGAAACAAUUGCCAGAGAGCAUGAGGACAUUUUCCGGGGCGAUAUUCUUCCUCAGCUUGUCCAUUGCCAGCUACCUGAACUCGGCUCUUGUCAAUGUCAUUCACAGAGUGACCGGAAAGAAUGGCAACGCAUUGUGGGUGGGUGGUCAGGACCUCAAUCAGGAUAGGCUUGAGAACUACUUUUACAUUAUUGCUGGCAUACAAGCUCUCACAUUCGUCUACUUCAAUGUAUUUGCAUCUCGUUUCUUGGUCAUAAAUCGAUCAAAAGACGAUGAGGAAGGGAUUGAGAUGGCGCAAGCAUUAUGAUAUUUCCACUAUUAUUCUGACUAUAGGGGCGUUUCUUCA